CGUUUUUGCGAACGCAUGCGCGGCUGUUAUUGCGCGACAGUCCGUUGUGCGAUAAAAUUAACUUUAUUUAGAUUUAAUUUAAUUGUAAUUUAGUGGAACUGAGAGAAUCGGUCUUUGGAGUACCGCGUAGAAUUAAAAUGCCGGAUAUGAAAUAUAUUUUGGUUACCGGUGGUGUUAUAAGUGGGGUAGGGAAAGGUGUGAUAGCAAGUUCUUUUGGCACGAUUCUAAAAAGCUGUGGAAUAGAUGUAACAUCAAUAAAAAUUGAUCCAUAUAUUAAUAUUGACGCUGGCACCUUCUCUCCGUACGAGCAUGGUGAAGUUUACGUUCUGGAUGACGGAGGUGAAGUCGACCUUGAUCUUGGCAAUUACGAGCGGUUCCUCGACAUCACCCUGCAUAGAGACAACAACAUAACUACAGGCAAAAUAUACCAACAGGUUAUAGAAAGAGAGAGGCGCGGUGAUUACCUGGGAAAAACUGUUCAGGUUAUUCCUCACAUCACUGACGCAAUCCAGGAAUGGGUUCAAAGAGUGGCUCACAUCCCGGUCACCAAAGACAAUGCUCCUCCAAGAGUGUGCAUAGUGGAGCUUGGAGGGACUAUCGGAGACAUCGAGAGCAUGUCUUUUGUAGAAGCAUUCAGGCAGUUCCAGUUCAGGGUGAAACGAGAAAACUUCUGCUGUGCCCACGUCUCAUUAGUGCCAAUGGUAAACAAUCUCUUUCAGCCCAAAGCAACAGGUGAACCUAAAACGAAACCAACACAAUCCUCGGUUAGAGAGCUCAGGGGUCUUGGCUUAUCACCGGACUUAAUUUUGUGCCGAUCUGAAAAACCAAUCAACCACACAGUAAAGGAGAAAAUAUCGAAUUUUUGCCAUGUUGCUCCAGAGCAGGUUUUGUGUAUUCAUGAUCUGAGCUCAGUGUAUCAUGUGCCACUUUUAAUGGAGUCACAAGGACUGGUCCAGUACCUAAACGACAGACUUCAACUUAACAUAUCCAUGCCACGGCCAGGAAGGUACAUGCAAAAAUGGCGUAACCUCGCAAAACGCGUGGACAAUCUCCGCAAAGAGGUGAACAUAGCUUUAGUCGGGAAGUACACCAAACUCGAAGACAGCUAUGCUAGCGUGACUAAGGCCCUACAGCACGCGUGUAUCGCAGCCGGGUCUAAACUAAACCUCACCUAUAUUGAAGCAGUGAAUCUUGAGAAGCAAACUAAGAUUGACGAUCCUGUUAGCUACCACAAGGCGUGGCAGGAUCUGUGCAAAAGCGAUGGCGUAAUAGUGCCUGGUGGCUUCGGUCAACGAGGCAUGGAGGGCAAAAUAGAAGCUUGCCAGUGGUGCCGCGAGACACAGAAGCCGAUGCUCGGAAUAUGCUUAGGGCUCCAAGCGGCCGUCAUAGAGUUUGCAAGGAACGUCCUCGGACUGAAAGGUGCGAACUCCACCGAAGUGGACCCGAACUGUGAAGAUAAACUGAUCAUUGACAUGCCCGAACACCAUCCCGGUAACCUUGGAGGAACUAUGAGACUGGGGAAGAGGAAAACUUUCUUGGAACCGAGCGUUAUUACUCGCCUGUACAACAGCGAGGUGAUCGAGGAGCGCCACCGACACAGAUAUGAAGUGAACCCGGAGUAUAUCGACCGGCUGGAGGCCAGCGGACUCCGCUUCGUCGGAAAAGACGAGAGUCGUACGCGCAUGGAGGUGGCGUCAGUGGAGUCGCACCCCUACUACGUGACAGUGCAGUUCCAUCCCGAGUAUCUGUCGCGCCCGCUCUCUCCUAGCCCCCCAUUUUUAGGACUUAUCCUGGCUUCAUUAGGCAAAUUAAAGAGCUAUCUAUCUAAAGGAUGCCGCUUCAGCCCUAGAAACCAAUCAGACGUCAGCUCAGACGAAGAAGACGAUCUAUGCCUGAGCGACGAAAACGACAAGACAGUAGUUGAAAACGGAAAGGUGGUAAACGGAUUCAACAAAUUAGUUAUAGAAUAAGAGAAACUUUAUCUUUAAGCAUACUCUUUGUUUGACGUUAAGUUUAGUUGUAUUGUUUUACCUUUGUGGUACUUUUUAUUGUUUCCAGUGUUAUUUCCCAGUGACAUUUUGUGACUACUUUUUGAUUCCCGCCUUAACGAAUGUCGAUUAUCUGGUCUUUUCUCUCAAGUUAUUAAUUUGAUGGUUGUUUUAUUUCUUUAGUUGUUACCAGGCGUAGCAUUAACACACCUAAACGUUAUACAUAGUUAUUACAUUUAUUAUUGUAAUAGUGGUUAAGCAACAUUGUGUAAAAUUACUACUAACCAAUUACUUUUUGAAAAUUUUUACUUUGUGCUAGUUCGACGUUCGAAAAGGAUGGCCUUUAGCAUAACUAUUGUAUCCCUACUUAAUUUUUCUACACAUUAAUUAGCUAGUCAAUAUCUAUGCAGCAUAAUAUAGGAUUUACAUAAGACAACUGUGUAUAGAACUACAUAAUUAUGGUGCCCCAAAUAACAGGCAGUGUAUCGUUCUUCACUUCACUGUACAUUCUACUCGAACCGUAAUUUAAAUAGAAAUUGAUUGGAAUUUAAUUCAACAAUCGUUGAUUAUGAUGUUUAAAUAGUGCAAGUGGUUUAAUGAAACUAUUUCACAAUCCAAUUUUAAAUUGUAAUCUUGUAUGCUAGUAUUCUUAAAGUGACUACUCGUUAAAAUUAUAUUCUUCUACAUUAUAUCUCUAUAGAUAAUUGCUAGUAAAUGUGUAGAUCAUAGUUAGCUAGAACUGUUUUGAAAUUUUUCAUGGUACUUUUUAAUAUUUAGGUACAACUUUUUUGAAUUGCAAGAAUGGUGUUUGAUUUUCGUAAUAUUAUCAUCGGCAAAGUUUAAUUCCAAAUCUUGGGAACGUUUGCCUGUAGAAAAAAAUAUUCCAAGGUUCAGAAUGCUGGUUUAGGCAGAACUUAUGGAGUGUGGUUAUUAUUACUAAUGUUUGAAAGAAUAAAACAACAUGCCUGUUCCCUUAUUAUUACAUCGUUAAAGUUCUGUCUAGUUAUACAUAAAGAAGCAAAUCUUGAUCGAAAUAGACAAUACACUAAUAGGAAUAUUCUGAUGAAUCUCUCACAUUAAAAUUUGUUCCAUUUUUAUAUCACGUUGUGCUAUGAGCGAGUAGGUAUUUGAUUAUUUUCUAGGACCGAAUAUGAUCAAUAACUAACCAGUGAUAUUCAUAAGCAAAAUUGUAUUGAAACCAUUUCUAAAAAUGUAUAGAAUCUAAGUCAGAGUUAUAUAUUUUUAUAUUGCUUGUUUGAUAACAUAAAUAUUAUCUACUUAAUUAGUUGUUGGGAACAAAAGUGUUGUUAAAACGAAGUUACCGUUUUGUUUAUUUAGCUAGAAAAAGUACUUUCUUGUUACAUAAAGGUAUUAUUUUUAUUACAAUUAAAUUCACAGUUAGUAGGUGCCACAUGUUGACUUGGAAAUGAAAUGUUUGACAAAUGUUGUGAUGGUUGAUGAUGUAUUAAUUAAUUCACAUAAUUAGUGAUGUUUUGGCUGUUGUACUAAUAAAUUACUACGUGUAUUUUAUUCUAAAAUGUAUACGUAAUAUGAUGUAUCGUAAAUUGUUGUAAUAACCUUUUAUGACACUAUUACGUAAAGUGCCACAGAAAUAUGAUAUUAACUAUAUUUAUUAAAUGAAAUAUGUAUGCUAUAUCUCUACAUAAAUAUAAAAAUAAUAUAAUAUCUUUAUAUUCAUUGAUAUUAUGUAUUCAUUCAUACGCAUUCCGCUAUCAUUGCAGUUUUACAAAAUGAAUAAUGGUAUUCUAAUUUUCUAAGUAAUGUUAAAAUGUGAGAUCCCAUAAAAAUAAAUUGAUAUAUCUAAAAA